GUCGUCGUCGGCUCAGCUCAGCUCAACUCAAGGCAACAGGCAGCCAGGCAGGGGGUUCAGCAUGAUCUUGCGUCCAGCGGUGGAUUUAGUCGAGCCUUGCCCAUCGAAGAUGUCGGAGUGAGAAAACCGCGAAGCGCGUCAGAAGAGAGAAAAUCAUCCCCCGUGGUCAUAUUGGCGCUGUGCAUAGGUAGGCUGUUGUGGUAGUGUGUGCACGUAGGAUAGAGAAGAAGCUGUUCCAACAACGGGAGAUUCAGCACCAAGAAGAAACAAGAUCGCCGAGUGAUCCGAAUUGCCCCGUUUCUGUGGUUGGCAAGUUCUGUUAUUGGUAGCGGGUGAAAUCCGUUCGAGAUCGGUUCGAAAGUUUUUGGGAGUUUGACACCUUUGAUCCGGGAGUGUUAAGGGAAUGUUAACAGCUCGAACCAAGUGAGAUUUCGAAGCACUGGUUGGAAGGUGAAGUUGAAGCAGUUGGUGGUUCGAACGCAGAAGUGAAGAUCGAGUGGAGGGCAGAGUGAUCGGAAGAGUUAUUUUUUCGGUGAAACCGUAGCCAAUGAUCGCCAGUGAGUGUGCCCAAAUAACCUGAUUCCGGUGAAGAUCGUAGUUCCCGCAGUAGAGAGAACGUCCAGAGUUUGCGUUACAGGAAUUUCUGGAAGACGAAGAAUUCUCCCAGCAGCGAGAGAUCGUGUUUGUGUGGUGGUGUAGUUGUAGAGAAAGUACCCUAGAAAAUCCGACGAAGACAACGACAACGACAACGUAACCAAGAUGCCCUGCAGUGCAGUAACGUUGUCUCUCGCGACGAUAUCCGCCAUCAUUGCCGUUGCCCUGCUGGCAAUCGCCUUCUCCACAGAUAAUUGGCUCAGCUACGAAGUGAAGCGGAAUAACAUACAGACAUUUAUAGCAAAACAUCCGGAUGGAGCGUCACUCACCGAAUCGUUCAACAACAGGCUCGUCUACUACACCCGGACGCGCGGUUUGUUCCGGUACUGCUACCCGAAGGAGAAGCCCCCAGCGUCAUCUGUUCAAAUCUACCUCUCGCCGGUAGAGACCCACUGUUCCAACAUUGACUACUUCCCUCAGACCGAGGAGGACAAGUCAUCGCCCGGCUUCAACGAGGACAUCAUGGCUCGUCUGCAUCUGGCCCGUUCCGUCAUUGCCGCCUUCAUUCUCAGCUUCGUUGCCAUCUUCUGCGCCUUCUGGACCGGACUGUCCGGCUGCUGGAAGCGAUCAGCCGGUGCCAUCACGGCCACAGCCAUCCUGAUGCUGACGGCCUGUCUGCUCGCGGCCGGUGCCAUGGGCCUCUGGCACACGGUGGAGUUCUUCGAGAAGGAGAAGGUCGUCGGCGACGAUUACUACCAGAGCUGGACCACGGUCCUCCGUGACAACACCCGCAUCUCGUACGACUGGUCCUACAUCGUGGCCUGGGCCGGUGUGGCCUCCAGCCUGCUGGCGUCGAUCCUCCUCUCGGGUGCGGCCGUCUGCCUCCGAGGCGAACGCGAGAAGGAAGAACAGCUGAACCUGCAAUACCUGAUGCCAGUGUAUCCUCAAAAGCAGCCUCCCUACCCCUAUGGUGGUUUCCCUCAGCCCCAGCUCUACCCGCAGCCAUACUAUCACGGAUCGCAGUACGGACCGUACAACUACUAAACGCACCCCUCAUUUUUAUUUUCGCUAGCGAAAAGCGGUAAAACAAAACAACACACACAAAACAAAACAAAUGUAAUUUUUGGGUAAUAACGUAACCGUCGACUAUUCGUCCGUUUUUAUGAUUAGAAAUCUAGCUGUUUCGAUCGAAACCUUACCCUUUGUGGGACAAUCAAAUCGGACCUAUCGCAACGAUCAAAGCCGAGAAUUAGCGUUUAAACUCCUCGAAUCGCGCGCCCUCUACUCUUCACAUCACGAACAAAACCAACCCUCUCGCUUCCAGUUUCCGCUUUUGUUCUAUCGCAUCCGUAGAAUAACUCUGAGAGACAUUACUCUUCCACCCUCCCCUCACCACCCAUCGAAGACGAAACGAGAGCGCAAUCGAAUUUUACUCAAGAUGAGCUGCCGCGCGAGCUUGGAAAACAAACGUCGACUCCCUCAUUAAGACACGGACUGCUCCUUAUUGGUCUUCCAUUUGUUUUAUUUUAACUAAAUUCUUUUCGACUGUGUACUUAACUUUUCAUAUGUAAAAUGUGUGUUCGAAAGCGAGUUGGUAUUCACCAAUUCUCAAGUGCCUUUGGCUCCUUUCUCAUACUUGGAUUUCAAAUUUCUCCCUCCCUAUCUAUCAUUAAUACAUUUUAAUUUCAAUUAUAUCAUACACGCAAAAGCCGGUGUCAUUCUCAUCAUCUCUUUCUCUCUAACUUUCUUUCUUUCUCUCUUCGCGAGUGUGUGUGAGACCGUUCCACUGUUUCCGGUAUUACUUUUUUUUUAAUUAAAUUUUUACGUCAACUACUUUUAAGUUUAGAAUGACAUUUGCUAUUUUUGUUUUAAGUAAGCAGAAGAAAAUCGAGGUUAAGAAUCAAGACGAUACCUAGAUAUGAUGCUUAUGUGUAAGUGAAGCUCUCGGGAGAACCUAUUUGUUUUCCGAGAGACGGAAGAAGCGAAGUGGCGAAUUGAACAAUGCGUAAUGCUGUUUUGUAUUAUGUAUAGAAGAAGAUAAUUUAAUACUAGGUUGUAAGGAAGAAGAAAAAUGAAAAAUAUAUUUUAGUUAUAAACCAA